GCGCCCGGCGGAGGAGAAAGAUGGCAAUGUCUCUUAUCCAAGCGUGCCGCAGUCUGGCUCUCUCAACAUGGCUGCUUUCCUUUUGUUUCGUGCAUUUGUUGUGCCUGGACUUCACCGUGGCCGAGAAGGAGGAAUGGUACACGGCGUUCGUGAACAUCACCUACAUUGAGCCGGGGUCGCCGGCGGCGGCGGCGGCGGGGGCGCUGGGCGCCUCCGGGGAGCUGCGCAGCGAGAAGAGCGAGUGCGGCCGCUACGGCGAGCACUCGCCCAAGCUGGAUGCCCACGGGCGGGUGGCCAUGGCCAGCUCCGUCCAGGAGCGCCUGGCCUGCGACCCCAACACUAAGUUCGCCGUCCCGGCCCAUGUCAAGCACUGGAUAGCCCUUAUCCCCAAGGGCAACUGCUCGGAGAAGGACAAAAUCCGACAUGCUUUCAUGCAGAACGCCUCGGCGGUGGUCAUUUACAAUGUGGGGACCAACACCAACGAGACCACCACGAUGUCCCAUCCAGAUUUUGUUGCUGUUACUUUUUUACAUGAUUGCAGUGUGCAAGACAUCGUUGCAAUAAUGAUUCCUGAGUCAAAAGGCAAGGAGAUAGUGACGCUCCUGGAUAAAAACAUUACUGUGAUGAUGUACAUCACCAUCGGGACCCGCAACUUGCAGAAAUACGUCAGCCGCACGUCAGUCGUGUUUGUGUCCAUCUCCUUCAUCGUGCUGAUGAUCAUCUCACUGGCUUGGCUGGUAUUUUAUUAUAUUCAGAGGUUCCGAUAUGCGAAUGCCAGGGACAGGAACCAGCGUCGUCUGGGAGAUGCUGCAAAGAAAGCCAUCAGCAAGCUUCAGGUCAGGACCAUCAAGAAGGGUGACAAGGAAACUGAGCCCGACUUUGAUAACUGUGCAGUUUGUAUCGAAGGCUACAAACCUAAUGAUGUUGUGCGGAUCUUGCCCUGCCGGCAUCUUUUCCACAAAUCCUGUGUGGACCCGUGGCUGCUAGACCAUCGAACCUGCCCCAUGUGCAAGAUGAACAUCCUUAAGGCCCUGGGCAUUCCGCCCAAUGCAGACUGCAUAGAUGACAUCCCGCCGGACUAUGAAGGCUCCAUAGGAGGGCCACCAACCAAUCAGAUUACAGGUGCAAGUGACACAACUGUAAAUGAAAGUUCUGUUACUUUGGAUCCUGCUGUCCGGACUGUGGGAGAAUUACAAGUAGUCCAGGAUGCAGACGCCACUCCCCAGGAAGGGGAGGUUAACAUUACAGCCAACAGUGAACAAGAGCCAGCAGUCAGCAGCGAUUCAGAUAUCUCGUUGAUUAUGGCGAUGGAAGUUGGACUCUCUGAUGUGGAGCUUUCCACUGACCAAGACUGUGAAGAGGUGAAAUCCUGAAACACUGAGCAAAGACAAAGGGGAUGGUGGGGCUCCAGGGGGAGGGGGGAAGGGCGAGCUCCAGGCCUCACUACAGUCAUCCACCUGCAGACCACCACCACAGCUUCAGUGUGCUCCAUUCCCGGAGGGUCACGUAAAGCAAUACGUAGAGUUGCAUCAACCCGGACGCAGUUUCAGCGUCUCUCCAUCAGUCCACCAUGUUGGCAGCUUGGAAGUCGGAAGCGGAUUUAUUUUCCACCACCCCCACAAGCUCAAGGACGCGGGCUUCAGCGGCUCAGAAAAUAGUGACUGAAAGGACAGCCCCGAGAGUGUUUCCUACUUUCAUUUCCCCUUCUUAUUUUCUCCCCCAGGCAGCUUUGGUUUGGGGGUGGUUGGUAGUGUUGUUGACAUUUUCUUCAGUGUUGUUGUCUCUGUUGUUGUUUUAAGGGUAUCUGUAAUUUGCUUGAUAUCUGCACCACUCUGUCUUCCUUUGGUCUCCCUUCACCUCAUCCCUCCCACAUUCUUGUCUGGAAGCAACUAGUGCCUGCUCUGAUCCUUUUGUAAUCCAUCUCUCAGAUUUCCGGCCUUGACAUUUCAUCAUGAAGUAUGCAUGGCUCUGAGAAGAACUGGUGCCCCAGCCCCUCCUAACCACCUGAACCAGCUUUCAUUAAGAUUUUCGAUCCUCCCAAGUGAGUCCUGAAAAUCACAUCUGCCAGAGGCUCCCCACCCUGCCCCCUUCACCUGACUCCAAGCCCUAAAUCCCCUGAGGCUGGGGCCUUACCAUCUGAAGUUACAUUGGCCUGGCUUCCACUUGCCAAGUACCAUUAAAGGCACACAUGACAUGAAAGGGAGAGGAACAGGGUUCACUUCUUGCGAGAACUUGGAACCAUUACUAGCAUUCCAUGAUUCUGAAGGGCUGGUAGCUGGGGAUUCAUGAGGAGUUGUACAGCUAGGGACUCUGAUUCUCUUUCAUCUUCAAGCCAAAAUCCUUGUGCAUUGGUUCCGAUAAGAAUAUGGAUCCAUGUUGGGUUGGAGGUGAGCUGAGCUUGGUAGGUUAUAAAAAUUGAGUAGGGAAAGGCCAUGGCAGAGUUGGCUAUUUCAGAGGCCAUAAGCGUAGCAAAGACAAUAGCAGCAGCAGCCACCAUGUUUCCCCUUAAUCCCAACACUUGGUGGUUGCGCCUGACCCUGACCCAUCUGGAAGGGUUUAGAUGACUCCUUAGUGAAUGGUUUGCCACCUGUUUGCCAGGUGAAGUGUACUCCUUCUAAAUCUUUUUAUCCCCAGAAGAACACUGCAGAACUUGGCUAAAUCAAGUUUAUUGUAGUUGUAAGAGGCCAAGCAAGGGAAAAUGAAAAGAAGAGGUACUGAGUAAAUGUGAAAACCUACCGGAGUUAUAAACCUGGGUUUUUGUUUUCACCUCUUUUUCCCUUCCCCCUACCUUUGAUGGAGAUGUGCUAUUUUUAUAGCAUGCAAUUGCACAUUACAGUUGAACUGUCCAAGUGCAGAGAAGACUUUCAGCUUGUCUUGGUCAAUGUCUCUUGCUGAUGAUCACCCCAAUCCCUUGUCCACUCACUGUGUGAAGCCCCCUGAGUCCACCAUGAUGGCAUGUGGUUUGAACAUUGAAUGUAAAUUCCCCCUCAUAUUCUCCUGUAUUCUGAGGAGGACCAUUUUACCCCACUUCAAAAACCCAUUCAACAAACAGAUGUGGAUUUUGCUUGCCAAAACAUGGAACAGAGUUCAGGGAGACCACUGGUCAUUGUUAACUGUUAUUUAAAAGGUCCCCUCUGGGCAGGUUUGCAGAUUGCCAAAAAGGUAAGGAAGUGUUUUCUGCCUGCAGGAACUUCUCACCCACAAGGACUCAAAACUGUUCCUCUGCAGAGAUGAGAUCUUUGAAUAUUGUCUGGUCCUUCUUUACAGAGGGAUUCUUGUUCACAGCUCUGACCAGUGAUAUGGAGCUGAUGCUGGAGCAUGGGGUGCAGGACAGAAGGAGUCAUUCUCUCCAUGACCACUGCCUGUUUCAGGCUUGGAUGCUAAUCCAUUGCAGAAUUCUUGAAUAGUGGGGACAAGAGCCCUAAAUAUGAGCAAUGUGAAGCUACAUUGUUCUAUACUAUUUCCAGAUGACUUCUGAAGUACUGAGUGAUGUGAGAUCCUUGGAUGAAAGUUAUUAUAGGAAAACAUUGAUUCUCCAUCUGUAGAUUCUCCAUAGGAAAUUCUUAAUCCCAGAUGGGUUUUGUCUUUUCUACUCAGCAUACGUCUGGACCACCUCCUACUCCAUCAAUCACGGUGGGCUCAGAGGAUACAAACUGAUUUAGGUAUUAAAGUGAGGCAAACCUGAUUAAGACAGAGCUGUGAUUUAAACAAAAUCAUAACACAUUCCAAAACCAGAUUUUUCAAAUGACUUUUAGAUUACAUUUUGCUUCUGGAUUAUCAGCAUCAUUGCUCCCCUAUGGUAGUAAAGAUAAGCAAGAGUGAUAGCUAGAUAUACAUGAAAUAAUAAUCAUAACUAUUGCCUAAGCUGACCUUGCAAGACUUCUUUUAUAUGAGCAUCAGUUUCUUCAUUUGUAAAAGGAGGGGGUUGAACUAGUUGCUCUCUAAAGUUUCUUCUCUAAAUCUAUGGUCCUCUGAUCCUACCUACCUCUGCAACCUUGGGCAAGUUACUCUUGAGGCCUCAGUUUUCUCCUCUGGGAAAUGGGUGAAUUUGAUUAGACAAUCGAUUCUCUAUGUGAUUUCCAGCUAAAUUCUGUGAUUUGGGGCACAAAGACGUGAACCUACAAAAGAGAGGGUUGGCUUCUGCAGUCUCUACUGUUAUGAUAGAGCUCCGUGCUUCAUAAAACACUACAUUUACAGUAAAAAUCCAUUUAUUAAGCAACAGCUAUUCCACAUGAAGCACUGUGUUGGGGGAAAUCCAAAGGUAAUUAAGACAUGGCCUCAACACAUCACAUCAACAGAGGCCUCUGAUUGUGCAGAAGUUCCCUAUUUACCUGAGCUGUAACUAGGAAUUCUUUCACCACGGAAGCCAAAAAUAAUUGAGUCAAGGAAAGGGGUAGUGCAGUUUAGAUAUUUGUGCCCUGGGGCAAAGCUCCAUUCAUUGUAUCCUGAUUUGGCCUCUGCUCCUUAUGGCAGAUCAGUUUGAGGAUUAGUCACUAAUGUGACUCAGCUGGAUAAUGAGAGACAAGUUUGAGUUAGAACAAGGCGGACAGCUUGCUAGCCAUCUUUCCCCUCCUUUCUAUGGGUGUAAAUACCCCCCCAAAUAGACCUGUGUAUCCAAAGAUGGCUUUUUUUCUUUUUAAAAAUCAUUUACAGGGUAAAGGGGCCCUUGGGGAAAUUUUUGCUAGGGAGGAAGAGUCCCAAAUGGCUAAAUUAUGCCACAGGUGUCAGUUAUUCCUUAUGCUUAUUUGAAAGAGACCACACAAUCCAUUUUAGUUUGGUGAGUAAAUAAAAUUUUAUGUCUCAUGGAAUCAGGACUCCAUGAGGACUCCAGAUCUCCAUUUGUCCCCAAGCUAGCUUAGCUAUGAUCUCCUCUUCUUCCCCAACUACAAUAUAAUUCAACCCUAGAGAUAAAACUUAGGUUAGUAAUUUCACUGUCAAAGGGCGAGAUGCUAAAUAUUGUCACUAAGUGUAGGAAUUCUCUCUAAGUGCAGGGCUUUUGUGUUCCUGAAGAAAACAAGAGUGUUCCAAGUUUGUGAACUGUCAUCAAACCUAAAUUUUCCUCCUUAAAGUUUUCCCCUAUUUUUUUUUGAGGCAAUCAGGGUUAAAUGACUUGCCCAGGGUCACGCAGCUAGUAAGUGUCUGAGGCUGGAUUUGGACUUAGGUCCUCCUGACUACAGGGCUGGUGUUCUAUCCACUGCACCACCCAGCUCUCUCUCCUCUAUUCUAAGAAUUACCCUCUGGAGCAAAGCAGACCAAGCCUCAUCCCUUUGCUCCAGGAAAGCCCUUCAAAUACUUGAAAGCAGCUCUCUUGUGUCUCUUAAAUCUUCUUUUCUCCAGGCUAAACUUCCUUAUUUCCUUCAGUCAGUCUUCAUAUGGCAUGAAUUUGAGACUCUUCUCCAUUUUCAUUCCCUUUUAUUGGACAUUCUCUACUUUGUCAAUAUCCAUUCUAAAAUGUGGCUUUUCCUUCUGGGAAAUAUCAGGUAGUUCCUAUGAUUAUCAAAUGCACAUUCUUCUUGGAUGUAUCCUAAAGCUUGACUCUAGGUAAAAUAUUGGCUCCUAUGUAGGUAAGAGGAAGAUGAGUGAAUCGAAAAUUGAAAGGACAUUCACGUCCAUGGAUUUAAGUCUAACAAGAAAUGUCCCAUCUGCAUGUCUGGUCAAAACAACGCCAGACUUUGAUAAGAUUCAUGAUUUCAGAUCCCAAAAUGUCAAAUGACCAUUUCAGAUAUGGCUCUCAGGAGUUAUUCUCACCUCCUACCCAAACCAGGGAGACUCAUUUACUCCUAAAGCAUCUUCCUAAAGCAUCCUCAUUCUCCCCUGUUGGAACUAGAGAAUCAUAGGUUAGAGCUGGAAGCUUAAUGAUCAGUCAUCUAUUCCAAAUCACUUCUCAUUCUCUCAUCCUGUCUUCUCUUUCUUCAUUUUCCCUUCCCUCCUUUCCCUGCUUUCUUUCUCUUCCAGACCUCUUCCAUAUUUCAACUAGUGAAACUCUCAAACAACACAGAAGACUAAAGAAGUUGGUAGCCCUAAUCUGUCUUUAUUGUUUUUGUUUUUGUUGUUCUCUACACAUAACAGUAUCUAGAUUUGAGAUUCUAAUAAGAAAAAGAAUUUGCUAUAAAAACAAAUGGGAGGGGCAGCUAGAUGGCGCAGUGGAUAGAGCACCGGCCCUGGAUUCAGGAGUACCUGAGUUCAAAUCCGGCCUCAGACACUUAACACUUACUAGCUGUAUGACUCUGGGCAAGUCACUUAACCCCAAUUGCCCCGCAAAAACAAAACAAAACAAAAAAAACCAAAUGGGAGGUACAGUUUCACAAGGUAGUAAGUUCCCCACUUCUGUAGGUAUCCAAACUGUCAUGGGUGUCGUAGAGGGCAUCCAUAGAUUGUAAAUGGAGUUGAAUUCAGUCACACAAUUCAGAAUUGGAAGAGAUUUUUGAGAUCAUUUAAUGACCCCCUGAGUUCCCUGCCAACUCUGAGAUUCUGUGAUUUUAACCCAACUUUUAUUUUCACUAUCCCUUCAUUUCACCAGUCUUGUCCCAAACCACUUGUAGCCCUUUGUUACUCUCGGGCUUUCUUUCCACUAACUUCCCUCUUGAUAAUAACACAUCCAGAGUGUAGUCUGAGAUUCACUAUCUCCCCACCACCAUCACUACUAUUCCUACUGCAACAAUUUCCCAAAAAGCCUGGAGGAUGGGAUGAUCCAUUCCCACCAUUCACUCAUAAGAUCAUAACACCAUAAAUAAAGAACUAGCAGGGACCUCCAGCCAUCUAGUCCAAUCCCCUCAUGUUACAAGUAAGGAAGCUGAAGCCCAGAUCAGUGAAAUCACUUGCACAAAGUCUCAUGGGUUAUAAAUGUUAGUCACAAUAUCCGAGCCCAGGUCCUUUGAUUCCAAAGUGAACCACCUCUCAUCUUAACUCUUCUCGUUAUUUCCCUACAUAUAGAUUGUGGGGUGAUUAGGGAUGCUUCCCCAAAAAGUGACUGUUCAAAUGGAGAAAGAGGAAGAUGGAAAUGGUUAUCUCCAGUUGGUCAAGAUGGUGUCAUCCAGGAUGUAGGAACUUAGCAAAUGUUGGUUAACUAACAGUAAUGGGCGAUUUGAAUAAUAGUGGUUAAAGGGGAAUGGGGGGAAAAUGCUCCUUUGAUUGGUCACACAGUGAGGGGAUAGGUAAGGUUAGAGGAUCUUGAAAUGAGCAGGCAGAGAAGACAAUGGAUAUAGAGGCAAGAAAAUCUGGGUUAAAAUUCCACAGUCUCUACUCCUAACUGCCUGAGCAACCUUGGACAGGUUGCUUCCCCUCUCAAUCCCUCACUUUCCUCAUCUAUUUUUUUUCUUUUUUUCUUCUUCUUCUUUUUUUUUUGUUUUUUGCAGGCAAUAGGGGGUUAAGUGACUUGCCCAGGGUCACACAGCUAGUAAGUGUCAAGUGUCUAAGGCCGGAUUUGAACUCAGGUCCUCCUGAAUCCAGGGCCGGUGCUUUAACCACUGCGCCAUCUAGCUGCCCCCCUUUCCUCAUCUAUUAAAAAAGAAGGGUGGGGCUAGAAUAUGUCUCAAUUUUCUUCCAGCUCUAAACCUUUGGAAGCUGCUGUGGUCAUCAGUUUGAUUCAAGGACUAGAAUUUCAGUUCUCCAUUGAAUGGACUUGUUUUUGAGGGACAUGAUUACAGCCCAUGACAAUGGAGAACAGAGAAAAGAGAAGAGGUUGAUUCUCAGUAAACAAUGAUUAAGUUCUCUUUGUUACUCUGCCUUCCUUCCUCCCCAUCUAACUGCCUGAGGCCCUCUGUGAUAAAAGCAGGCCUUGUUUUAAAAGCCCAUGGAUCAAUAACCAGCCUCUUCCACUUCGAUCCCUUUAAUGGAACUGAAUCGUAAACCCCGGAAUAGGUGGUAAGGGUUCCAGAUCCUGUAGGGGGCCAUUAAUAACCAGACUUCAGUUACCACCUGCCCUAAGAAAUCUCUUGAGUUGUACUUAUUCUACAAAGAAAAAGCCAAGGUCAAGACCAUCUCUUUGUCCUGCUCUCCACACUGAACCUGGCACACGGGCUCCUUAAUGAAGAAGCUCUCUCAGGAAAACCUGUGAUCAGAGCUCUUGAAUCUAUGGGCACUGAGACUACAUUCAAGGGACAAUUACUCCAUCCAUGUUUAUUGAGAAUAAGGCGAGUGCUUUUCUUAAGAGGGUGAGAAAUAGCCUCACCACUGUGAUAGGGGAAAAGAAGAUAUGGAAAAUUCAUCUCAGCCUAGGUCAGGCUGAGUCUUUUUGGUCCCCAAAUCCUAGAUAGCCUAUUCCUGUGACAUUGCCAUUCUUAUGGAAAUGAUGGGUCAUCAGAGGAGAUGGGAGAAAGGGACCAGACAGCAACUCUACAGACCAAAGGCAGAAUCUUUGAAGUGGAGGACCUACUUCUUCCAUUGACAAAGCUUUGUUUUCUUCAAGUAUUUUCACAAACACAAUUCAAGGUAAAGGCAGGAAGGGAAGCAGGUUUUAUGGAAGGUGUACUGGAUUUACAAUCUAAAGACCUGGGUUCAAAUCCUGACUCUAUUAUUUAACUGGCUAUGUCACCUUAGGUAAGUCAUCUUUCAUAGCCUCAGUUUCUUCACUUUUCUUUCUUAAAAUGAGGGGGUUAGGGUAUAUGAUCCCAGAAGUCCUUUUUGGUACAAAUAUUUCUGGGAUUCUGAGUCCCAUUGAAAUGUCUGGGUAUUCUCUCAAACAUUGAUUUACUUUACCGAAUCCCAAAGUCUGAAACAGGUAGUGGCCUUAGUCCUCCUCCAUCUAUCCCAUUAAGAGCUUAGCCCUCAUUUCCUAGAAAUUUCAGCCCCGUCCAUUGCUUUCUUGAACACUUAGUUCGUCCCACAUCCUUCUAUUUAGAACUGAAAAUGAAAUAGAGAGUAUGUUGACUUGCAAAUUGCCCAAGAACGUCCAAGUAUGUCCACUGGCUAAACAUGGUGUUUCCAGAUCUCUCAGAAAAAAACACUAGAGCGUUGCAGGUACAAAUCGAUAUUUGGCCAGUUGAAGAAUGAAUAACAGAUGGGCUUUCCAGUCUGGAAUGUGUUGCUAAACCAGAUGGUAUGGAUGCACUAGUGUAUCCUUGGGAGGGGGCAGGGCGCCCUCUGCUGGAUCAUCUCUUUCUUCUCUGGCAGAGUCUUGACAUGACUUUUCAUGUCCACUUACUCAGUCACUGAGUUUGGGAAGGUCUUUAUUUAAAAUUACAACUGCUUCAGCAACACCAAUAUGGUCCACUUUUUUUUUUUAAAGACCACAUAUCACGGGCACUAGGAAGUUGAAUGGUAAACCCAAGUGAGAAAGCAAUCUUGCCAUCAGGAGCCCUUUCUUUUGUAAAAUAGAGACACUCAUUACUCUCUUUUCCAAGAAGGCCAGGUGGGCUGGAAUGACUGCCUAAAGAUCUACAAUCAGGGUCUAACUGCUUUGUCCUUGUUACCCUGAUAAUUUGGCCAUGUGAAAUUCCCAAGGAAGAUCAAUAAACAUGCUUCUUUCUGAUGAAUGUAAAAGGUGUGGACGAUCCAAGUGUAUUUGUAUCUGUACAUAGCCCCAUAUUUAUUUCUCACUUCUACCUUAGUCAUCUGGAAAAGGUUGUACCAUUUUAUAAUUAGGAAAAAAAUGUAUGAAGGGGGAGGGAGGGAGGGAAGGGAGGGACUGUUAUUUUUUAUAGUGGGAUGUUCCUUGUAUUUAGCAAACUUUACAUGAUUUUGUACUUGUGAAAAGAUACAUUCCAUCCAUUUCCAAGGGGAAAAAUAGAUUUCUUCUUCUUUUUUCUUUAAAGUGAAUUUUAAGAUUAAAAAGCAUGUGGGCUUCAUUUAAAUAUGAGCUGAGCUGAGAUGGAAGCAGGUCAUCCAGGCUUCUGGAGUCGACCUCCUAAGCAGUAUCUAAUGAUGUCAGGCUUAUUAGACUACAAACCAUUACCAGCAAAGGCCAGCAUACAAAAUGUGAAAACACACACACACACACACACACACACACACACAAUUAUUUUAACUCCUUUUAUGCUUUCUCACUUGAACAUAAGCUAAUCUGCCCUGUUGGUUCUAUUUCCAGUCAAGAGAUCACUGUUUUCCCAAUAUUUCUGAAGCAGUGGUUGGGCUGGCAAAGAAAGACAUCGCACCCGAUGUUUAAGGACCUUCCUAGAAG